AUGGCCCGGGUAACCUCGUGUACCCGGCUUCUUUCUUCUUCCUUUCGCACCAAUCCUGUUUCCCGAUCUACUCUACGGCAAUUCACAUAUUCUGCUAUUCGAUUCGAGGACAAAAAGACCGAAACCGGGCCACAGACCCCCACCACAGCCCAGACGCCCCAUGUUGCUGCUACCACUGAUACUUCUACUCCCCAAACCACUACCCAGAGUGAAGAGUCUGAUCAAUGCGCUACACCAGCACAAUCAAUUUUGCAGCAACUCCUUGACAUGGCUGGUGCAACAUCUUUACGACCGCCUUCUCAACGUUCGUUCAAAGGAGGCAGCGUCCUUCCGACAAACAUUGUUAGUCGCAAUCCGCCGAACGCCCUCAAUGUCCCACCUAUAUCUGCCCCGUCGAAAGAACUUCCUAGGACUGGAUCGACGGCCGGCAGGACAGUCGAAGUUACCACCGAUCUCUCAUCAGCCCUCUCGAGAUUACGGACAAUAAUCGCCCAGAAUAAACUCAGAGCCGACCAGCGAGAGCAGAGGUUUCAUGUUCGACCUUCUCUGAAACGGAAGAGGCUGAAGAGUUUGCGGCAUAGGAAAAGGUUCAAGGAUGCGUUCAAGAGAUUGGUUGGAAUUGCUAUGGACAUGAAGCGAAAGGGAAUAUAGUGCUUUGGGGAGACAUCUGGUUUUUGCAGGUGUAUGUCUUGAGGAUGGAUAUAUUAUGAUAACUCGAGAGAGGUUUGAGGGAUAUCAGUUAUUGACGACUAGAAAGUAACUAACAAUGCCGGUUUGUAUCUUUUUUGCUGGUAGAGAAAGGCCAAUUGCACAUUUACUACCGGUAGUACCUACCUAUUUCUCUCUUUUUCCCUCUUCUUUUUUUGUCACUGCAAAUACUUUUGAUGCUCUGUUCAAAAUUCUGGGCAUUUGCCACUGUAUUCCAGCACCAUAUCCAGACUCGAGCACAGUUUUGAUCCAGUCCCUUGUAUUCUUCCCUAAAUACUGUACGAGUAGUGGUCAAAAUACAAUUAGAGCAGGGUGCAGCGGUGAGGCUAUGUUCUAUCAGGUACAGUGAAAAUAAGUUGGAAAAAAUGGAUAUCAUGGACAUCCACAGUACCCAUUUGUCAGUAAAAGUUACGGGUGCUCGGGCAUUUUAUUUGUUUUAUCGCGGUCGGAGUCUCGUCUGUUGAGCCUCAUUUCCCGACGUUGUCCGCUUCUCCUUUCCAUGAACCGACCCCUGAUGUUAUCCCCUUUCAUUUGAUUUUGU